UUAACAAUAUGCCUAGAGAUAGAGACCCUCUUGUCGUUGGGAGGGUAAUAGGUGAUGUCUUGGACCCAUUUGCAAGGUCUAUUUCUCUUAGAGUCAAUUACAGUAAUAAGGAGGUUAACAAUGGUUGUGAGCUUAAACCUUCUCAAGUUGUCAACCAACCUCGAGUUGACAUUGGUGGGGAUGACCUCAGGACCUUCUACACUUUGAUUAUGGUCGACCCUGAUGCCCCCAGUCCAAGCGACCCCAACCUACGCGAAUACUUGCAUUGGUUGGUGACUGAUAUUCCAGCAACUACAGGGGCUAGCUUCGGACAAGAGGUGGUUUGCUAUGAGAGUCCACGGCCGACGGUGGGGAUUCACCGGUUCGUCUUCAUUUUGUUUCGACAACUGGGAAGGCAAACAGUCUUUGCGCCGGGGUGGCGUCAAAACUUCAACACCAAAGACUUCGCUGAGCUUUACAAUCUAGGAUUGCCUGUCGCUGCUGUUUAUUUCAACUGCCAAAGGGAAACUAGCGGAAGAAGGCCGAGAUAAAUGCAUGAUUAAUCUUAAUACUUACCUUUUAAUCACAUAUCCAAACCGUAUUACACCUAUCGAACUCUCAAAGCUAUAAGUUAAGAUAAGCAUGAAGACUGAAAAUAAGAUUUUGAAAAAUGCAGUACU